AUGACGGAGCGCGCGAUUGAAUCGGGGACGCCCGUGACGUGCGGUUUUUGCGGGUGGCGACAUGAGCACCUCGGGUUUGAGCGAACGUUUGAAUGUCAUGUCUGCGAUUUGAGCAUUGAUCGUGACGUGAACGGUGCUCGGAAUAACGGUCUCCAAGCGCUCGCGGACGGUGGAUUCGGAAGACCGCCCGAGUACUGGAACACACAUGCGUGA